AAAGCCAAGGCCCAUAAAAUAAGAUCCAUCUUCGGUAUAUCAAGCCCAAUGCUCUACCAGAGUCCCGAGAUCUAGUUUUGAUUUUUCAAGAUCCAAGUUCAGUUUUGAUCUUUCUCGCAUUCAACCAACUACUACUUUGCUGCAAGAAAAUUAAGAACAGAAAACAUAAAACAGAAGCAAGCAUAAGCUAAGGAAAAGCGAAAUGGUUAGUAGUGAUGGGAUCUUGGGGAUCAAAGAAGGAGAAAGAAUAAAAGCAGAAACUCUUAAAAGAAAGAAACGGCUAAAGAGACGAGAGAGAUGGUUGGUAAUACUUGGCGUGAUCCUUCACGCAAUUUAUAUGCUAAGCAUUUUCGAUAUCUACUUCAAAACCCCAAUUGUCCAUGGCAUGGAUCCUGUCGAACCUCGCUUCAAGGCUCCAGCGAAACGUCUCGUGCUUCUAGUAGCGGAUGGUUUACGCACUGAUAAGUUUUUUGAGCCGGAUUCGGAGGGAAAUUAUAGAGCUCCAUUUUUGAGAAGUAUAAUUAAAAGCCAUGGUAGAUGGGGAGUUUCACAUGCUCGGCCCCCUACAGAAUCAAGGCCUGGGCAUGUUGCUAUAAUUGCUGGUUUCUAUGAGGAUCCUAGUGCUGUCACAAAAGGAUGGAAAGCUAAUCCAGUUGAAUUUGAUUCCGUUUUUAACCGAAGUAGGCACACAUUUUCUUAUGGAAGCCCAGAUAUUGUCCCAAUAUUCUGUGGUGCCUUGCCACACAGCACAUGGAAGAGCUACCCUCAUGAGUUUGAAGACUUUGCAACUGGUUUGUCAUAACCUUGUUAAUGCAGAUGCUUCCUUUUUGGAUGAGUGGUCUUUUGAUCAAUUUCAGAGCCUUCUGAAUAGGUCCAAUGAAGAUCCAAAAUUGAAGGAGUUACUUCUACAAGAUAAGCUUGUUGUCUUUUUGCAUCUACUUGGCUGUGAUUCAAAUGGUCAUGCUCAUCGGCCCUAUUCAUCUAUCUAUCUCAACAAUGUCAAGGUUGUAGACCACGUAGCAGAACGCGUUUAUGCUCUUCUUGAAGAUUAUUAUAAGGACAAUAGUACAGCAUAUAUAUUUACAGCUGAUCAUGGAAUGAGUGAUAAAGGUAGUCAUGGAGACGGGCAUCCUUCAAAUACUGAUACUCCUCUUGUUGUUUGGGGAGCAGGUGUCAAAUAUCCCAAGCCAACUUCGAGCGAAAACCACACUGACCAUAGCUUUCGUUUUGUUGAUGAGCAUGCCCAUGAUAUGCCAACACCUUUAGAUUGGGGCCUGAAUGGCAUUGAAAGGGUGGAUGUAAAUCAAGCUGAUAUUGCACCACUAAUGUCUACGCUUCUUGGUUUACCAUGUCCUGUUAACUCAGUUGGAAAUUUACCUCUUGGAUAUCUUGAUAUGGUUGAGGCAGAAGAAGUUGAAGCCGUGCUAGCCAAUACAAAGCAAAUCCUCAACCAGUUUCUUCGCAAAUCACAAAUAAAACACUCAAACUCGUUAUAUUUCAAGCCUUUUAAACCACUGGCUGAAUAUUCCUAUAUGUUGGAACGCAUUGAGGAUCUGAUAUCUGCAAGAGACUAUCAAACUGCAAUGAUCCUGACCCAAAAGCUCAGAAGCUUGGCACUGCAAGGCCUUCAUUACUUUCAAACAUAUGAUUGGCUGAUGCUGAUGACAGUUGUUACUCUUGGGUACCUUGGUUGGAUGGUCUAUCUCAUUCUCCAUGUGCUGCAAUCUUAUACUUCACUGGCAGAGAACAUACUUAAGGAGCAAGCUGCCCCGUGGAAAAAUAAAACUGGAAAAGUGUAUGUGUUUGGAUGCCUAUUAAUGGGAGUAGUUUCUAUUAUAUUAUAUAUGGAGCACUCUCCUCCUCUGUACCAUGCAUAUGUUGCAAUGACAAUGUUUCUUUGGACCCAGAUACUCGGUGAAUAUCGGUUUGUAAAGGCAUUGUGGAAAAAUUUAAGUGGGAGAAAUUUUGAUCAUGCAAUUAAACUUUUAGCCACCUGUGCUGUAUCAAUUUUAAUCCUUGAAUUCCUGGUGAAUAGCUUCACAGAGAGGAAGCUCUACACUUGGUGCUUCUUAAUUUCAGGAACCAUAGCUUCUCUUUAUCUUUUCAAAUCAAUUCCAUGGAGAUCUCCAAUACCAAUUUUUGUUUGCAUUGCUUGUUGGUGUCUAUCUGUUUUUACUUUGAUGCCAGCGGAAAUUCCAGACAACAAUGAACUAGUAAUUGCAAGUGGAGCUAUUAUUGUCACAAUUGGAGCAGCUGCUAGAUGGCUAGAUCAGCAUUCUGAAGGGAAUAAGUAUUGGUCAAGUCUGUGUUGUCAUGAAACAAAGAAACCCAGGCUCCCCAUGCUUUUUCAUGCACAGGCUCUGUUGGUUGGAUUAUCAUCAAUCAUGGUGUCAUUAUCAACAUCUCACAGAACAGAGAAGCAAGAGCUGCAUGCAUUACACCAGUUAAUAAAUUGGUCUCUGGCUGGUUUCUCAAUGGUUCUCCCGCUUUUCUCAGAAAAUGGCCUAUUGUCACGACUCACUUCUAUUUUUCUUGGUUUUGCACCAACAUUCCUGCUUUUAUCUAUUGGAUAUGAAGCUGUCUUCUAUGGUGCACUUGCUCUUGUACUUAUGGCAUGGAUACUAUUUGAGAACACACUUCUUCACUUAACGAAGGUGAAAAAAUCAUCAUACAUUAGAAACAUGGAUGAACAUGCUACAUUGGAAAAUGAUAGAUGCUUGGAACUUUCUGAUGUGAGAAUUCCAUUAAUUUUUAUGGUUUUGUUUAAUGUUGCUUUCUUUGGGACGGGAAAUUUUGCAAGUAUUGCAAGCUUUGAGAUAUCAUCUGUCUAUCGGUUCAUCACUGUCUUCAGUCCUUUUCUGAUGGCAGCCCUUCUUAUUUUCAAGUUAUUCAUACCAUUCAUGCUUGUCAUAUGUGUUUUCAGUGCAAUAACCAAACUUCUUCGAGUUCCACGGUUGGGAUGUUAUUUUCUGGUUAUAUUAUUUUCAGACGUGAUGACUAUUCACUUCUUCUUCCUGGUUCGAAACACGGGAAGCUGGAUGGAAAUCGGUAACAGCAUCAGCCAUUUUGGAAUUAUGAGUGCUCAAGUUGUAUUUGUGCUAUUACUUUUUGCCCUCACAAAUGUAUACACAAAAGACAUCCAAAUUAGGUCAGACAGCUCAUCCUCUAGGAAAGCAGUGUAAGUCACCUUGAAAUUAUAAAUUUUGGACAUCACAAUUGACGAUAGGUGACCUUUUCCAUUCUUACAGUAAAGAUUAAGAGCUGCAAGCUGCAUAACAAUCGAUUCUUUUUAACCCCUACUUCCUGUGUCA